UUUGCUACAAAGACUAAAAAAAUGUUGCUAUUUUCUGUUCGCAAUUUUUCCACUUCUCGGAUUUCGCGCGCAUCAGCUCUUAAAGAAGUAUUUAUUUUGGAUGCUUGCCGCACACCUAUUGGCUCUUUUCGUUCACAACUUGCUUCUUUACCAGCCCCUUCAUUAGCUUCUGUUUGCAUUAAAGAACUUAUAAAAAGGACAAAUAUUCCGGCGAAGGAAAUACAAGAGGUUUUCCUUGGUCAAGUCUGUCAAGCAAAUGUUGGACAAGCUCCUGCUAGACAAGCAGCCUUAGGAGCUGGUUUGGAUGUCGGUGUUGCUGUUACAACAAUAAAUAAAGUUUGUAGUUCCGGGUUAAAAUCGAUAAUGCUUGCUGCUCAACAAAUACAAACUGGACAUCAAAAUAUUGUGAUUGGAGGAGGGAUGGAAUCAAUGAGCCAAGUUCCUUAUUAUUUGGAACGGGGAGAACUUCCAUAUGGAGGAGCAAAAUUAAUUGACGGAGUAGUUAAAGAUGGCUUAACUGAUGCUUAUGACCAACACGUCCAUAUGGGUGUUUGUGCUGAAAAAACGGCAAAAGAUAAUUCAAUUGGACGUGAAGAACAAGAUGAAUAUGCAAUUCAAAGUUAUAAACGUUCUGCCGCUGCUUGGGAAAGUGGAGCAAUUAGUAAAGAAAUUGUUUCUGUUGAAGUAAAACAACGAAAAGGGACACAAAUUGUUAGCAAAGAUGAGGAAUUUACUAAAGUUGAUUUCGACAAAUUGAAACAAUUACGUGCUGUUUUUCAGAAAGAAAAUGGGACAGUAACAGCUGGAAAUGCUUCAACAUUAAAUGACGGUGCUUGUGCUGCUUUACUUUCAAAUUCUGAAAUCGCCAAAAAAUAUUCUCUUCGUCCAUUAGCUAAAAUAAUUUGUUUUGCUGAUGCUGCGACAAAUCCAAUAGAUUUCCCUGUUGCCCCUGUUUUGGUUAUUCCAAAGUUACUUUCUUCUGCUUCUUUAAAACUUGGAGAUAUUUCUCUUUUUGAACUUAACGAGGCAUUCUCUGUUGUACCUUUAGCUGCAAUUAAAAAAUUGGGGUUAGAUCCAGCUAAAGUAAAUGCCCAUGGAGGGGCUGUUUCUCUUGGACAUCCUAUCGGAAUGUCUGGUGCCCGUAUUUUGACCCAUUUAGUGCAUGCUCUAAAGCCGGGACAAUUUGGAUUGGCUGCUAUUUGUAAUGGGGGAGGUGGGGCUAGUGGAAUGAUAAUUCAAAAAUUGGAAUAA